AAUUGCAACAGGCUUAGACCCUCCAAAAACAGAUCUGGCAACCUGGAAUAUGGAAAAUAUCCCAUCCUUCCAUUGAGCCAAUACCAGUAGUUUAUGCCAUUGUCCACCAGGUCUGUGAGAGGGAUGCUACAUUUUAGAUUUUGGAAAAGUUUUAUUUAAAGAGACAGGUUGACAUUUUGUGACUCCUUUGAUGCCAAGACUUAAAUGAAAAGAUUGAGACCACUCUCAAUUUGCAUCUGGUCAACAUAAGCUAGCUGGGAGUUAGCUUAGCAUAAAGCUAAGCAAUUGUAACAAUUCAUUCCACACUGACACUAAUGAAAGCCAAACCUUUUUUAAAAAAAAAAUAAAAUAAAUAGACAAAAUCUUAGGCAGUUAGCUUAGCUUCACAUAAAGCUGAGUAAUUGUAACAAUUAGUUCCUAUGUUGCAAACACGCACACACACAAAUAGAAAUGGCAGCUAAUGUUUAAACUAACAGCUAAGACAAAAUAAUGAACACAUUUUGUCAGCAUAGCUCAGCAUGAAGACUGAAACCCAGGGGAUACAGCUAGCAUGACACUGUCUGAAAGUAAUACAGUUUUGAAGAGUUAGCCUAACUUAGGAUAAAGUUAAGUAACUGUAAGAGGGAGUUCCAGGGCUGCACACACAAACACAGACGCUUGAAUGGAGAUGACUACUAGUCUUUCAAACCUUGCCUGCAAUUAAGACACAUUCUUUUAGCUUAGCUUAAAGUCUGGAAUCAAGGGGACACAGCAAUCCUGACACUGUUGGAAGGUUACAAAAUCUGCCUAAUUCUCACACGGGAAUAAAUAAAGAAAUAAAUAAAUAUGUGAAAUAGCAACAAAAUAAAAAAGCCAGAGAUCUUUAAAAAGCACUGAUAUGUGUGAAUUCUCAGGUUUCUGUGGUGUACUUUGUUCUGUUUCCCUCCUGUUUCUCUGCUCCUCACCAGCCUGAAUGUCCCUCCACACGUGUCUUGCAUCUCCUUCAUUAGCUCUUCAGCCCUUUCCAGCCUAUCAGCUUUUUCCCUGUUCUGUGUGAUUUUCCACUCAUUCCCCUCACCUGUGUUCUUCCUCCUCUCUCCACCUCCACCUUGUUAGUUUAGCUUGUAUUUAAGUCCGGUCUUUAGCUCAGUCUUUGUCGAGUCAUCUGCUGAGUCUCCCUGAUCCUGCUGUUGUGGUUGCCUGUUGCUUGUGUGCCAUACUCAAGAAUAAAAUCCCAUCCAUUGCACUUCCUGUCUGCUGUCUCAUGCAUUUGGGUCCACCCUCUCUGACCAGUGUGAUAAAUUUUGUCAGAUGCAAUGUCAGGAGCCCUCAGAGCUCCUUCUGGCUGUGUCGAGAUGGGGAUCAAAGCCGCUCUUCCCAAAUAUGAGAUCUAUUUCUACAACACGGUGCUGUGUCUCGCCAUGUUCUGGUCGGCCAGUUGGGUCUUUGAGGUGUCCAGCUCCAAUGUGAACAGGAAGACGUUCAAAACCAGCGUCAAGCCGGGAUGGUACUACUUUGGGAGGAAAAUGGAUACGGCUGAUUUCGAGUGGAUGAUGUGGUUCUCCACCUUCAGAGAGCACAUCUUGUUCGCCCUCACUGGUCACGUGCUGUUUGCCAAGAUCGGCUCCAUGCUCGCUCCACAGUACAGGUCUCUGGUGUACCUGGUGUACGGGCUGCUGGCGGUGUGGACCAGUAUGGGCUGGACCUACGUCACCCUCAUCCUGUCCCACUGCAUCCUCCUCUACAGCAUCUCUUUGGUCAAAAUACGCUGGCUUUGCUUCGUCACCGGUCUGUGCACCCUCGCCACGUUCAAGUGUGAGCCCUUCGUGUCCUGGCAGGCUGGUUUUGUGGAGGGGGACUUCGAGCUGCGUCACAUCCUCUUCUAUGGAGGCUGUGGCUUCACUAUAAUGCGCUGUAUGAGCUUCGCUCUGGAGAACUGCGACAGGAAAGAUGGAAACUACAACAUCCUGGAGCUGCUGAAGUACAACUUCUACCUCCCCUUCUUCUAUUUCGGGCCCAUCAUGACCUUUGAUAAGUUUUAUGUUCAAGCCAACAAGUCGGACCUGACCAGGAAGGAGCGGGAGAUGUGGAACAUCAGUGUGCAGGGUGUCAUUUACCUGGGAGUCAUCCUCGGAGUGGACGUCCUCUUCCACUUCAUGUACAUCCUCACCAUCCCCAACGACAUGAAGCUGCUGAAGCACCUCUCAGACUGGGCUCUAGUGGGCCUGGCUUACUUCAACCUGGUGUAUGACUGGGUCAAAGCAGCUGUCAUGUUUGGAGUCAUCAACACAGUGUCCAGACUGGAUCACCUGGAUCCUCCCAAGCCCCCAAAAUGCAUCACCAUGCUCUACGUGUUUUCUGAAACUUAUUUUGACAGAGGGAUCAACGAGUGGCUGUGCAAGUACGUGUAUGAUUACCUGGGUGGAAAACAUGAAAAUGUGGUGGAGGAGCUGGUGGCAACGCUGUGCACCUUCGGCGUCACCAUCCUCUGGCUGGGACCCUGCGAGGUCGUGCUCGUCUGGGCCUUCUUUAACUGUUUCGGCCUCAACUUCGAGCUGUGGACGGCCAAGUUCUUCUCCAUGGAGCCGUUUUCUUCUUUUGAGAUGGCGAUGUCAGAAGCAACAUCCCGCAGGAUCAGAGGCAUCUUUAACGCCUUCAACUUCUGGUGCAUCGUGUUGUACAACAUCCUGGCUCUGAACAGCUUGGACUUUGCCAAACUGGUCGCCAAACGGCUGCUUCUCAAGGGCUUCCCCAUAACCACCAUCAUCGUCAUGUUUGUGACCUACUGCCUCAUUCAAGUGAUCAAGGAGCGAGAGAGGAGGCAGGCGCUCAUCGAUGAUCCCGACCCUCUUCCUCCUGCUCCACCUCCAACCGCCGCCAGCUCAGCCGGCGCUGCUGCACCGGCUGCUGCUGCCCAACCAGUCGUCGACCCCAGCAAGGAAAAAGCAGAAUAGAUAUUUGAUGCUUAUAGUGAAGAAUGUAUGAAGCCAACAGUGUCCAGAUUUUAUAACAUGACUUGAAUGCAGCAUUAACUGUAAAUAGGUUAGUAACAGUCAUACAAUGUAUUUAUACCUAAAACAGAGAUUAGUUAACUCUAAUAAUGUACAGUACACCUGAGUACUGUCCAGUAGCCACUGAAAGUAUUCUGUGCAAUAACACUGUAGGAAUGUCAAAACUUCUGAAACCUUUGUCAUGGAUGCAGAAAAUAAACUGCAAAGAUUUGUUCAAAGCGUAAAGUUGUCCUCUCUGUUGGAGCUGAAUGUGAUGAAGGGUUCUUUUUACAGUCCAUGAGUCAGUGAUGAGUCCUGUCAUUAGGCCUGGGAGAUAUUUCUGUCACGUUACAGCAGCAGGCGGCAGCUGAAUUUCAGUGUGAUGCGUCCACAGUGGAAACUCUUUUAGGUGGUGACCAGUGGAACAGCCCUGGUCACACCUGUGGUGAAUCACUACCUGGGCCUGAACAGGGUGAUAGAAACAGUCUGACAGCUGAAUGUCUAUGAAGCACAUUAGUGUAUUUAUCCUCCCUCAGAGAGCCCCACACAGGUCUACUGAAACAGGCUUUUAAGGCUUCAUAAAUGUAAUGAUAGCGUGUUUUAUGUGACACUAUUGCUGCCAUGCCUCCUCCACUGAUAGAUAGUCCAUAUGUAACUAUUUAUGCAUUUGAAUAAUACUCCCACAGCUUCUGAAACAUCGAAUUCAAGGGCCUUCCAUGCUCAAUUUUCCUCAAAUUUACGGAGCUAGCAUGGCAGUUUGAGACCUUGAUAAAGUUAAAUGUUAAAAGGUUCAAUAUGUAGACAUUUUUGUUUGAAACAUUCAAAAAGUAACAAACUGUCAACAGUAUGAAGAUGUAACAGUUUUGAUGUUAUGUC